CAAAGGCCGCCCCAUCCCUCAUCGUUUGCUCCCAGGAUCUAGCAUAUACUGUCUCCAACAUUUUGCGGUUGUUAAUCGGCUGAGUUACAUGGUUCGGGUGCGGGCUGUGGUGAUGACCCGAGACGACUCAAGUGGGGGUUGGGUGCCCAUGGGCGGCGGGGGCCUGAGCCACGUCAUGAUCUGUAAAGUCCGAUGCCCAGAAGAAGGGCGAAGCCGCCAGUACCUGAUCAGCGGAGAACGCCUCCGGGACCAGACGACCAUCUUGGAAUGCACGCUGAAGCGGGACCUUGUCUACAACAAGGUGAACCCUAUUUUCCACCACUGGAAAGUCGGAGACAGCAAGUUUGGCCUCACUUUCCAGAGCCCUGCAGACGCUGUGGCCUUUGAGAGAGGAGUGCAAGCUGCCCUGGAGGAGAUUGCUGAAGGUUCCCUCUCACCUUCCUCCACCUCUUCCUCUCAGGGUGACGCUGAUGGGACGGACGAAGCUCUUGCAGUUCACACAGACAGCGAGUCCUCCACAAACAGCCAGAAGGAAAUGCUCCCCAAACCCAUCACCAUUGUGACCAGUGAGUCCUCAUCUAGCUGCUACAUCCAUUCCCCUGUCUCUGAAGAGUUCUCCUUCGGCACAGCACAGGGGGCCAUGUCAACCGGACAGGUACAACCCCAGCCCUUGCAGCAGCUGAGCCUCCCGGAUGAAGAAGAGCUGGAGAGCAUCACCCCUUGCAAAGACCUCUGGGUAACCAAAGGUUAUGAGGACUAUCGCCGGGCUGUGGUUCAGAAGCACCAGCUGGACCCUGAUAAGAUUGACAUGUGUGUGCACUUUGAGAAGGGUGGUGGCAAGUCCCCGCGGGAGAAGGAGUAUUGCUUCCCGCCCGGGGCUGAAGGGCGACUCAAGGACCCCAAGGCCUCUCCCUCCUGCCGUAUACACGGUGCCCCGUCGCCCCCCAAACACAAGGCCCUGAAGGAGCAGCAGCCACAACCACCGCCUGGGGCGAUAGCGGUAGAGGAGGACACCGUGCCUUCUCGCUGUGUCUACUGCCGGGACGUCUUUAACAAUGAGGAGAAUGGACGCGGGCAGUGCCAGGAUGCACCUGACCCCAUCGGCCGCUGUGUCUACCAGUUCACCUGCAUGUGGUGCGCAGAGAGCAUGCUCUACCACUGCAUGUCAGACUCUGAAGGAGAGUAUUCGGACCCUUGCUCCUGCGACACUGGCCACCCGCACUUCUGCAUCCGCUGGAUGGCCUUGGUCACCCUCUCCCUUGUGGUCCCUUGCAUGUGCUGUUAUCUACCCCUCCACGCAUGCCACUGGUGUGGUGAGCAUUGCGGCUGCUGCGGUGGCAAGCACAAGGCCGUGCAGUGA